AGGAAGUACCCGAAUUCAAGACAGCAGAAUGAGGUUAUGGUGGCCGAAAGCGUGCUCUGUUCACCAUAAAUGAGUGUGCAGCGGGUUUAGCUGUCCACGCCAAGGAAUAAGGUAUGACAGUAUCACUACUGCUUUUCUGAAAAACCGGAGCGAUCGGGAAGAUGGAGGAACAGGAAAGCGAUACCCUUCUGACUGAACCCACUGGAUCGCAAGCGAUGGCGAACCCUGCUGUCGGCGCUGCCACUAGGCCCAAGGUGGCGGAGGGCGGUCUGAGGCCGGUGGAGAAGAGGGGGCCUUACAUCAUGUCAAAAGCUCCGGCCAUUCACCAAAAGCUGCAGAAGCACAGAGAGAUGGCCCGCAAAGUGCUGAAGAAGAAAGGCCUGACCACAGGGGGGCCAGUGAUGCAGCAGCCCCGGCACGGUCCUAAGAGAACUGUAAAAUUCAAUAAAGGUUACGCUGCCUUGAGCCAGCACUCUGAGGACACCCUGGUGUCUCUGGACUCUGACAGUGACGUUGAGCUGGAGUAUUCCUCGGGAUACUCCUCGGCCGAGGUGCACCCCGACCUGAGCAGGCAGCUGCUGCAGGACGGCUACCGGCUGGACGAGAUCCCAGACGAUGAGGACCUGGACCUCAUCCCCCCGAAAGCCAUGGGCUCCUCUGUGUGCUGCUGUGGGGACGCCCCCACGUGCUGCGUGCAGUGAGGCAGGGCUGCGGGGGACGGGGGG